ACCCCGUGGCUUUAUGAAAGACGAAAUCCUCCAUGAGCGGAGCAGCUGUCUAAGCCCCGUCUGCGGAGGAGAAGGAGCUCCCAUCGGAAGAAACCGGUCUUGAGGACGGUCUCAUCUCACCGCCAAAGUCCGCUUAGCUCGGGUUAUCCUCCGGCUACAAUAUCUGACCCCCUCCUCGUGCGCACACACACCGCUUCAACAACACAAACCACGGGGACGAGCCGACGGACGUAGAGGGGAAGUGGGCUCCGUCUUCUCUUUCAUCAGGCAGCAGAUGAGUCAGUCCUGGACGAUGUAAUCGGACUGAAGAAUUCAUCUGCAGUGUUCACACCGGAGCGAGACGGAGGAGGGACAGAGAGAGAAGAAGACGAGGAGGAUAUCGAAGACACAAGGAUGGGCGUGGGGAAGAAUACAACCUCCAAGACGAUGGACAGCAGCAGUGAGGGAGGAAAAUUUGAGGAGGAGAGCAAGCAUGGCGCCGAUUUCUACCCUAUUCCGGUGGUGGUGAAUGGCGUGGGCGGUGCCAGUGGAGACCAGGAUACUGAGAACACAGAACUGAUGGCUAUCUACACUAAAGAUAAUCAAGGAGCAGAAAAGAGCUCAAUGUCUGAGACGUUGGACAGCACAGAUAGUACAGAUGCACGGAGAAUGGAUAUGAUCUACACUAUUGAAGACACCCCACCCUGGUAUCUGUGUGUGUUCUUGGGCUUACAGCACUACCUGACAUGUUUCAGUGGAACUAUCGCCGUGCCGUUCCUCCUCGCCGAGGCGAUGUGCGUCGGCUUUGAUCAGUGGGCCACCAGUCAGCUCAUUGGGACCAUCUUCUUCUGUGUGGGGAUCACCACGCUGCUGCAGACCACGCUGGGCUGCAGGUUGCCUUUGUUCCAGGCUAGCGCUUUCGCCUUCCUCGCACCAGCCAAAGCCAUCCUGUCACUGGACAAAUGGAAGUGUAACACCACAGAAGUUCCCGUGUUCAACAGCACAGAGCUCCUUCACACAGAGCACAUCUGGCACCCCAGGAUACGAGAGAUCCAAGGGGCUAUUAUCGUGUCAUCCCUGGUGGAGGUGUGUAUCGGAGCGCUGGGUCUCCCCGGGAUCCUGCUGAAGUACAUAGGACCUCUGACCAUCACCCCCACCGUGGCUCUUAUCGGUCUGUCUGGUUUCCAGGCUGCGGGAGAGAGGGCUGGAAAACACUGGGGUAUUGCCAUGCUGACAAUCUUCUUGGUGCUGCUUUUCUCUCAGUAUGCCAGAAACGUUCACUUCCCUCUGCCGAUCUACAGAGCCAAGAAAGGCUGGACGUCCUACAGGCUGCAGGUCUUCAAAAUGUUUCCUAUCAUCAUGGCCAUCCUGGUGUCAUGGCUGCUGUGUUUCAUUUUCACUGUGACUGACGUUUUCCCGCCGGAGGUCGACAAGUACGGCUUCUACGCCCGCACAGACGCACGUCAAGGAAUCCUCGUAGCUGCACCGUGGUUUAAGAUCCCAUAUCCAUUCCAGUGGGGUUUUCCUACUGUAACAGCUGCAGGUGUGAUCGGUAUGAUGAGUGCGGUGGUGGCCAGCAUCAUCGAAUCAAUCGGAGAUUACUACGCCUGUGCUCGUCUCUCGUGUGCUCCUCCACCUCCCAUCCACGCCAUUAACAGGGGGAUAUUUGUUGAGGGUAUUUCCUGUGUGGUGGACGGUCUUUUCGGGACAGGAAAUGGCUCCACCUCUUCCAGUCCAAAUAUAGGCGUCCUGGGAAUCACGAAGGUGGGCAGCAGACGUGUGAUCCAGUACGGAGCCGCCAUGAUGCUGCUGCUGGGGCUCGUGGGUAAAUUCAGCGCCCUGUUUGCCUCUCUGCCUGACCCUGUCCUGGGCGCUCUGUUCUGCACCCUUUUUGGUAUGAUCACAGCGGUGGGACUCUCCAACCUGCAGUUUGUCGACCUCAACUCCUCCAGGAACCUCUUUGUUCUGGGUUUCUCCAUCUUCUUCGGCCUGAUGCUGCCGAGCUACCUCAAACAGAACCCGCUGGUCACCGGCAUUGUUGGGAUUGACCAAGUGUUGAACGUGCUCCUCACUACUGCCAUGUUUGUCGGCGGCUCAGUCGCCUUCAUUUUGGACAAUACUAUCCCUGGUACCCCCGAAGAACGAGGCAUCAGGAAGCUGAAGCGUGGCGCGGGCCUCAGUGCUGCAGAACUGGAGGGGAUGAGAUCGUACGAUCUGCCGUUUGGGAUGGACUUUAUCCGCAGACACCCCGUCUUCAAGUACUUCCCCAUCAGCCCCACCUUCCAAGGCUACCAGUGGGGGAGGCUACGGGACGCCUGCAGCAACAGAAUGGGACACGGGGAUGGGGUGAAGGGGGGAGGACUGGGAGGGGAGGGAGGCACAGCACCGGGGGAGAGUCGGGUAUAGCCAACGGGGUGGUGCUGCAAAAUUUUACAUUUUGCUGAUUUUGAGGAGCAAGGGAUGGUACACUAAGAUAAACGGAUGGGAGAGCGGAAGACAGAAGUGUUGCAGGUUCUGUGUGGAAAAAAAUAUGACACCCCCCACCCCCCCCCUCCCGUCAGUGUGUGUUUUCUUUAGCUCGUGUCAGUCUUCUCCCACUUACCACUAUGCUAUUUUAAGCAUGCUAUAGCAAGUCACAGCAUGCUAUAAAAGAUGUCACCAUGCGGAGGUCAGUUGGUGUGUGUGCGUGUGUGUAUGCAGCGAGAGAAUAACGGGUUUGUGCAUUAAUUUAUUUGCACUUUAAUCCAGAAGGAGACGGAUGGACGUCAAACAAUCGCAGCUGAAUGUUAGAUAACUGCCCAGUUUUUAUGAAACACAUUCUACUAAAAGCACAGUAGAUUUGAUUAUGUCAAAUGAGGAUUAUGCAGAUUUUAUUAUGAAUAAUUUGCCUCUAAACUGAUUAUGCAACCACAUUAAAGAUGCACACACACACAUGCUCACACACCAACAGCCUCAACAGAACUUGCUUGAGCGCUACAAUGCACGUCGGGUUCAUGCAGAUUGAUGGAAGUGGUUCGUCAGGUGCCCUUAGCCAUGCAAAGUGAUUGUGAGUUUUUUAUUUUUGCACUAUCUGCCUCCCGAGUUCAAAAGCAGAAUUUCAUUCUGCAGCUCGCGCCCCCAUUUCUUCUCCUCAGAGACCCGUUUAGCAGAACAUCAUCUUCUCACACUGAACUCACAUCCCCCAUUUUUCAAAUGUAGUAGAGCUCUAAUAUUCACAGGACCUCCAAUGUAACAUGGUUUACAUCUCUUUAAUGUGUCAGUAUUAUGCAUCGGUCACUAACAAGACCAAAACUAUACAUUAUAAUGGAACAAAAUUAGGUUUUAUUUUUAUUUGAUGACCUUAACUUUAUUAUUUUACCUCUAACACACAAAGGCACUUGCAAAACGAAACAAGCUUUUAAUAAUACCUCCACUGCCGUGAUGAAAAGUCACAUUAAUGGCACACAGUAACAGACAUGUGGCCUUGUCAGACAAACCUUGUGUGCUUAAAUUCUGGUAGUGUUGGUACCACUAAAAAGCAGGAGGAGAUCUGUCAUCCUCUGUGUGGAUCUUCUCUCACAUGUGUCUCUUCUUUAAGCAGUAAUGUGUGUUAAUGUAGGAAUUGGGCAUACAUUUUUCACCCCUGCUUCUAUCCAAACUUACUUGGUUUUCCCAUCCAUGCAUUCAAUUGGCGCUUAAAUAACUGUCCGAAAAAGUCAAGUUUGUGGUUUGGAUAUCCAGUAUUUAAAGGUCCAGUGUGGAGGAUUCAGUGGAAGUUUUGGCAAAAAUGGUAAAUUAGAUAAGUAUGUUUUCAGUCAAGUUUAAUCACCUAAAAGUAAGAACUGUGUUUUGGUUACCUUAGAAUUAGACAUUUAUAACUAAAUAGGGAGUGGAUCCUCAUCCAUAAAAUCCACCUUGUUGUUUCUGCUGUAGCCCAGCACGGACAAACCAAACACUGACUCUCAUGAGAUCAUUCCUGUUUUUGCAUUUUCAUAAUGACCUCUACAGUUUGCAGCACCUCUGUGACGGGUUGGAAAAACACAGAUUUUUCUGUGAAAUUGCUGUAUUCAGUGGUUUUACCUGUUUAAAUCACACCAUCCAUUUGUUUGGAGAGGAGGAGACCUCUGCCGAUAAUGUGGCUCCCGGUAAAAACUUAACAUCUGAGUUGUUCAGAAGAUUGAAUUUUAGCUAUCAGAUUGUAUCAAAAUUUGAAAACGGCUUGCUCAGGAGAAAAGGAUUCUGAAAUCAAAUAAAAUCAUGUAAUCCAGUCUUAGAUUUGAUCUGGAUCAAACCUUCAGUUUGUAAUGUUCAAAACUUUUUAGUUGUGUUGUGUUACCUUUGAUCCAGAGAAAUCAGAAUAAUCCUGAAUCCAGAAAAGAUUCCGAAAUCAGAUUAAAUCAUGUAAUCCAUGAACACUAAAGGAAUUCUAACCAGGAGAAGUUUCAGCUGGUUGCAAUUUGCAGUUCUCACUGCAAGAUGGCACUAAAGCCCCGAAAUCGUACACACUGGAUCUUUAAAUGUAGUUUUAGGGGUUUCUUUUGUUCUUUGGAUCGACUCAGAGAUGGAGCAGAUGUUAUUAACAGUUCUCACUUAUUUAAUGAUUAAUUCCCUAACAUUCCUCUUCCUCCCAUCCUCAGUCACUGUUCCCCUCCCACUCUUAUCCCUCUUUAUUUAAUUACCUGCUGAUGUUUGUUACUGUUCAUGUCUUUUGUAUUUCAGGCUAUUAAGCUGAGUAACUGAGAGUUUCAGAGCACCAGCAGCCUGUCACUUAUUAACCCAGGUGUGACCCUUAAGAGCAAGUCUCUAAUUUGACAACACCGUGUGCCUCUGGUGUUUUUUAAUUGGAAUAAUUCACAAAAAAUCACAAAAAAGUUUGCAAUAUUAUAAUCUUGGUAAAUAAACCAUAGCACAAUGAGAGAAAAAAUGAAAGAAAACUACUAAAGAUUUAGCCCAGCUGAGAUUUUUACUAAACCAAAAUGUUUGAAGAUCUUUUACGUCUUCUAUUGAUCUGUUACCACAUACCAAAACUUUUCUGUAAGCAUUGGCAUGUGUCACGAUUCAAAAAAAUUACUUUGACUAAUCAUCCCAAAUUUCUUCACUUUUUAUCUCAUUUAUUAAAGUUAUUUAUUUAUUUAUGAGAAGAAAGUUGAUGUUUAAAGAUUGCUUGAAGCAGGUCUAUGUGUCUCUUGCACAAUGUUGAAAGUAUAUUUAUUAGUUUACGUGUUCAUGCCCUGUAAAGGUCGGUGUGAUGGUGAUAAUGGACCGCCACUCCGCAACUAGAGUCGGUGCUUUUAGAAACUCACCCGUGGAGAGCAGUUUCUCCUAAAGAUAGUUUCUGAUGUAAGAUGCUUCUAUUUCAUUCCAUUUAUAUCAUGUUAUUUUUAAAAAUGAGAAAAACACUUUUACAUGUUGGAACUGGAUAGUUUAGUCUAAUUUGAUAAUCAGGGCCUUUUCCUACAAGUACUGUUUGCACAUGUAACGGUGCCAAGAACAUCGGGUGUCAGAGUCCUGAAACCCUGAAGUGUCACUAGAGUGCAUAUUCACAUUUAUAGUUGAGUAUGAACGUUGUUUUUGUUUGAUGACCUGAAGACAAGUGGCUCAUUGUGAGUGAACAUUUUUGGGGCCUCAGUCUGUGAUGGCAUGGUCAGCUGCACGGUAGCCCCAUUCAUGACCUCAGCACUCUCUACGUUACUCUGUGAUUCAGUCGCGUAAUUCAGACUGGGCGUGGGGAGAUACGGCUAAAAUCUUGCAUUUUAGCCAUAUCUGUAUAAUUACACAUCAUUGGAUGUGUAAUUAUACGUCACGAUAACAAUAUUUAUCACAAUAUAGUAAUUGUUCUGUCUGUAACUUCAAUUAAGACAUGGGUUAAAAUAACCAUCUCAUCAGUCACAUUUGAUCAUUUUCAUCUUACUUCUAUACAAACAAAAACCGUCUGCCUCACAUGAAACAACACUCAAGUUAAAAACAAAAGACUCAAAACAGCAAAAUGAAGAUUCUUUCAAAAGUUCAUCAGGAAAAUUAUUUCAAUGUUACACAUUUCUUACAGCAUCACUCUCCUCCUCCAUGUCUGACCAAAUCAGAGCUGUCUUCAGCCCCGAUGAAGCAUAACAGACUUUUGUCUAAAUAAAAACAGGGGUACGACGAACACCCUUUUGUGUCACGCAGCUGCACUGCCUUUAAAUAUGGCAGUGCUUAACUAAAUUAAAUUCAGAGGUUUUAUUGAUAUGGGAAACUUGUUUUCAUUGCUGAAAAAUGAAAUUUAAAAAAAUGUAAAAAGAAAAGAGGGAAAAUGUCCCUCAAAUCCCGUUGCACACCCUUUCAAGGAAACAUGUUGUUCAGCCUGAAAACCAAAGCAGAAUGAAGCACACUGUUUUCAGACUGAAUGACUCCAGGUUACCUCGCGAGAGUCCAGCCUUGACUGUUAGCCAAGCCAUUGAUAGCCCGCCCGAAGAGCUCAGAAAUGUUAUUUCUACUGUCCCAUGGUAUAUAACAUCAUGCCCAACCAUAAUUUAAAUGUUGGUGGAAGAAUCUACCCUUUUCCUUCUUCUUCUUUUAAAACCUGUUGUCCAGUGGUGGGUCAGCUUCAAAUGUAUUUUUGUGACUUUGCAGAUGUUAACUGUCUUUGCUCGAGAAGCAAAGUUAAAAUCUUAUAUUUCCACAGACUGUGGUGCUACUUUUUGCCAGCUUGUAGUGCUGAACAGGCAGUGACCAGUGUUUACCACAUACUUUAUUUGGAUGUUUCUAAAAAUAGAGCCGCCCACAGUAUUCAUAUGGAGACGCUGAUUUUGAUCUCUCUUAUUAAGUGUCACAGAUUUUAGUAUAUCACAGUCACGGCUGUCAAAAUGUGUGACCCUGUCUGGACACCACAGGGACAAAAUAUUACUAGAGGUCCAAAUGUCGGCCCCGAUAAUUGGCCGUUGGAUCUGUCGACCCCUAAUUUUUAAUUACACCUUUCAAAACACUGUAUGCAAGUAAAAUAAAACAUUUGCAGUAGUUAAACAUCAACAGCUGAAAUUGAGGUCACAGAAUCUCUUAGGUGUCGUAGUCUGUGAAAAUGUUGGAUUUAAAUAUUGAUCUUAACAAAUAUGUUAUCAUUCUCUAAUGUGAGCGAACCACAGAGAAACAAAGAGAGUGCUGAAGUCUUAAUAGAGGCUCGACUGUAGCCGGUGACCACUGAUGUGUGCAGAAACUGUAAAUCUAAAACCUCACCGUCCUCAUCUAAACGCUGGAUCGGCAGCUGUAGAUAAGAAGCAGUGUUACAGGGCAGUUGGUAAACAUAGCGGUGUGUUUUUGGCACACCGGCCGAUGUUUUUGGCGCCCACGCUGCGUGACCUUGCUCCAGGAGCAGGUGAUGAUCAGAGGUCAGAAAGCAGUCACCUCCUCCUGCUGCUACUUCUCUCAGAGAGGAGAGUGAACAUUGGGGGUUGGACACUUUUUGGCACCUGUUUUAGUGAAUUCUUAAGGACAUGCACACAUAAUAAUCACAUGCACAACGUGUGACCUCUGUCUUCUGUGUCAUAUGUUCAUACGACCAGCACUUACUGUCCCAUCACCACCUCUCUCCACACACUCUCUGUUUAACCCCCUCAGUCCUGCAGUGAAAUAUACAGGUGUCCUCUCAUGUUUAGUGUACCUGGUUUUUCUCCCGGGAGUUCUUAGUGUUGACGUGUCUGGAUGCAGGAGACGACACUGGCUGGCCGCCUUUUUAAGACCCUGUUGGUGAAUCUGCCUCAUAACUAAACAUAAAACUGAACUUUGGAUGUCUUUGUGCCUACAGGCAGCUUCCUCUUGUUUUUAGCUUUUACUCCUCUGUUUUUUGACUGGUUUAUAAACACUUUCUCACACAAUUGUUACAGUAAAAACACUUUGAAUUUCAAGUAGAGACCUCCUUGAUGGUUUUCUGUCUUGAAUGACACGCAGGUGGGUUUAUCCAGCAGCUCCUAAGAAGGUGGCCAUGAGGUGUGAAACACAAAGACAUCGAUCCCUUUCAGUUAUUUUGAAGGGGGUGCUACCUGAAGAAUAUACUUUUGUGUAUUAAGUGUUUUAUCUUUUUCAAUGUUUUGGGGUUUUUUUAUACUUCAUUUUUAUGUUUUUGCAAGCAAAUAUUUGUAAGAAACAAAUCAUAACGUUUAAUCUUAAAUCAUGCUGGAAAGCGCACCAUUUUGUUGUACUUUUUAUUUAAAAAAGUAAAUACAUUUUGAUCCUAUUUGGAAUCUGUGGUUUGGUGGAAUCUUUUUGUUUUAUUUUGUUAGGACCUUUUCAUAUUGUAUUUUUUUACUCUAACACUGCUUUCUGUCCAUGUUAACUCAUAUUACCAGUAUAAAUGAAAGAAUGAGUUGAGAAUCUUUAAAUAGAUGUAAAAACAAAACAACAAAAAAAUAAAUGUAUAUUUAAUGGAGUAAAGUUUGCUAAACCUUCUGGGAGAGAAAUUGUGUAAACUAAUUGUAGCAACAAAAUGUUUUAUUCUUUGUUCCUAAAACUAUUUAAUAAGAUGUUACUGAAUGAAUGCAGUCUUUUGUCUUUAUUGGUAAUAAAACUGAGUUAUGUAGCUGCUCAGA